AUGCUCAGCCGGGGCGCUGCAAUAUCCUUAGCCAUCUUUUGUUUCGUCUCCUUUCUAUUCCUCUUCUCAAAGUCUGGAUGCAGUUUUCAGGAUCAAUAUCAGUACGGGAUAUCAUUAAUCCAACUCCCCUAUUUUACGAAUGCUACCGAAGCUGACAAUUCUAAUUCCUCAAAAUUCACUGAUCCGCCGUUUCAAGACCCUCAAAAUAACAUUGUCCCUCUUACACCUAGGCCACCACCGUCUAAAGAUGAGGUGAUUGAUUCUGGAGAUGAUGAAGUGGUGGGCGGAGAAAAUGCAAUGUCUUACUUUAGAAAGUUGUCAGGGUCCACUCAUGACUUCCUAAGUAGUAGGUCCAACACCGGCCAAGCCAUGCAAAUCCUAGCCGCCUAUUCCUACAAAGAUCACUUCUCCGCGUCCAUUUCCAUCCCAAAGAAGAUAGGCUCCAUUGCAUUUUGUCGGUAUAUUGGAGCCAACGGAACCGAGGUCGCCGAGCCUGUCGAGUCUCGUGUCUACCCGUUUUUCGUGGUGUACUGUAGCAGGCGUAACAAAGUGACAAUGUUGGGUGUGACGAAUGAUAAGAGCGAGCCAAUCACCGCGGCGAACUCGGCACUCCUGAUUCGACGCAAAUUUAAGGAAUACCAACACAACGUGUCCUUCUGCCUGGCACCUAUCUAUGGUAAAGAACCAAAAUGGCUCCAUUUUGUGGAGCUUGUAGAACACUACAAACUACAAGGUGUCAACAAAUUUUUUAUUUAUAUUCGAGAAAUUGGGGACUAUGACAAAAAGAUGAUUGAUAGUUAUGUGAAGUCGGGAGAGGUGGAGAUUGUGAAUAUUCCUGGGACGGUUAGUGACGUCAUCGCGCAGCAACUGAUGGGUGUGGCGGACUGUCUGCUGAGGAGUAGAACAUAUUCGAAAUGGUCGAUUUUUGCGGAUAUUGAUGAGAGGUUGAUUAUGACUGAUGAUCGAAUGACUAUUGAUGGUUUUAUGAGAUCCAUCACCGACGAGUCUAUCGGUUCGGUCGCCUUCCCACAACGUUGGAUUAUGAAACGAGAGCACAUCCCGGAGAAAUUCGAAAGCGACCAACAAGUUAUUGAAAAGAUGCCGACACGCGCAUGGCAUGAAACGACAAGUGCCGCGUUGAAAGGGCAUCCGUUGUGUCAGGAGCAAGUGAGCUGUUGGGGAAAGGAUAUAGUGCAUAAUGAAAAGGCCAUCCGAAUGUUGGUUCACGAGGUCGUUGAAUUCUAUCCAGGAUUCCGAGAACUCUUCUUGGAUCCAUCAAUCGGGUAUAUCAGGCACUACCGAGACGUCAAAAUGCAGUCAUGGGAGGCGAAUAAUGUGGCGAAUUUGAGAAAAUUCGGUCCGUUUUCCAACACGACGUACCCGAAUUCUAUUGGAACGAAAUUGCUGAAAAACGUGUUGAAUCGGUUGCACCGGGUUUAUGAUUAG